AUUGGGCAGUCCACAGAUAACUGAGCACAUGUACACAAGUGUGAAGUUGCAAUUGUGUCCGUAAAUGUUCAUAUGCACACACAUACAUACAUGUGUAUGUAAACAUACACAAAGGCUAAAUUACUUUUGACUUUAUAUAAGGUUAUAUUACACAUCUAUUCACAAUCAGUUUCUAAAUAAAAGUCAAGUGAGCGCCAUGAAAUUUUCUGCAAACCUGAACUUCCUUUUUACUGAAACUGCAUUAGCUAUAUCAGAAAGAAUAAAAUUAGCGCAUCAGCAUGGAUUUCGAGCAGUGGAAAUACCAUAUCCUGACGGAGAACUUCCAGAUGUUAUACAAGCAAUUAAAAAUACUGGAAUAUUGGUGAAUCUGAUAAAUAUUAAAUUGGAUAAAACGAAGAAUGAGCUAAAGUAUGGUUCUGCAAGUAUUCCUGGGGAAGAAGAUCUCUUCAAAAUGCAGUUGGAUGAAACAGUUGCAUUUGCCAAAUCUAUUAAUUGCAAGAAAAUUCAUUUGAUGGCAGGAACAGUAAAUAACCAUUUGGAAAAUCAUUUUAAAACAUAUGUGUCCAAUUUAAAAGAAGCUUCCGAGGUAUUACAAUUGAAUAAUAUUGUUGGCCUCAUUGAACCGAUAAAUAAGUAUGCUGUUCCAUUAUACUUUAUGGACUCCUACAUCAAAGCAUCAACCGUUCUGAAAGAAAUUAAAUCUAAUAAUAUAAAACUUAUGGUUGACAUAUACCAUCUUCAACAUAUAUGCGGGAACUUUACUAAAACCUUAGAAGAAUAUAGGAAUGUAAUUGGACAUUUUCAAAUUGCCCAGGCACCUAAUCGAAAUGAGCCAGACACGCCUGGCGAACUUGAUUAUGACUACGUUUUUAAGACUAUAGAAUUAUUUGGCUAUGAUGAUUGGAUCGGUUGUGAAUACAAACCGAAAAGAACAACUGUCGAAGGAUUAAAUUGGAUUAAGAAAUAUGACUCUAGCUUUUGAUUAGAAUGAAAAAAUGAUAUACAUUACUAAAAAAGUAAUUGCAAUGUAGUCAUUAAAAAAUUAUAUUAUUUUAUAUAAUAAAAAACGAACUUUGUAGUGGCGUUAAAGGCACUAUAUUGCGCUCUCGUUCCGCCCUUCA